AUGACGUCAGCCGUUACCACCACGUCAGCAGCAGCGGCAUGGGUAGCGGCGACGGAUAUCAUUACCGGCCGGACAAGCAGCGGCGCGAGCCUGUCGGUCCGCGCGCCACAGGGAGCACUGCUGGGGUGGGGAUCGCGCUCCUCAUUCGUGCCUGAGUCUCGGAGGCUCGUCGUCGCUUCCGCUAAUGUCGCCCGGAGAGCUGCGCCGAUGCGAGGGGCUCGUGUGCGGGCGAGUGGCGGCGGUGCGCCCAACGGCGCGGCGGACAUCUCGCAAGAGUUCAAGCCGGCGGCGCAGUUCUACAAGGUGGAGGCCGUCAUCCGCCCCUGGCGCCUCUCGCACGUCUGCGAGGCUCUGUUCACAGCGGGCAUCAGGGGCCUGACGGUCUCGGAUGUGAGGGGCUUCGGCACGCAGGGCACGAGCAGAGAGAGGCACGCAGGCUCUGAGUUUGCAGACGAUGCGUUGGUGCUCAAGUCGAAGCUGGAGGUGGUCGUCGUGUACGACCAGGUGGGUGGUGUGUGCGACCAGGUGGGUGGUGUGUGCGACCAGGUGGGUGGUGUGUGCAACCAGGUGGGUGGUGUGUGCGACCAGGUGGGUGGUGUGUGCGACCAGGUGGGUGGUGUGUGCGACCAGGUGGGUGGUGUGUGCGACCAGGUGCGUGUGGUGUGCGACCAGGUGGGUGUGGUGUGCGACCAGGUGGGUGUGGUGUGCGACCAGGUGGGUGUGGUGUGCGACCAGGUGGGUGUGGUGUGCGACCAGGUGGGUGUGGUGUGCGACCAGGUGGGUGUGGUGUGCGACCAGGUGGGUGUGGUGUGCGACCAGGUGGGUGUGGUGUGCGACCAGGUGGGUGUGGUGUGCGACCAGGUGGAGGCGGUGAUCGCCAUCAUCAUCGACGAGGCGCGCACGGGGGAGAUCGGCGACGGCAAGAUCUUUGUGGCUGAGGUCAUUCGAGUCCGCACAGGGGAGAGGGGCAUAGAGGCAGAGAGAAUGGCUGGAGGACGCAUGGAUCUCCUGGAGGCAGCUGGCAAGGGCGCUUCCUACGUUGCUUUUGAUGGUUACGAAACCUCGUGA